UCACUCAUCCUUUAAUCAAUUCUCACCUCACGCCAGCUUUAGCUUGCGCGCGCAUUCUCUUCCGGAAUAGAAUGAGGUGGUUUAUGAUUCCAACUGGUUGAUUGACGGACAGAGCAUUAUUGUCAGCAAUCCACCAUGGCGGCAACCUCGAGCAGAAUCCCUCCUGGAAUGGAGAACUUUGUGGUAGGCAUUAUUGGUAUGGGAGCCAUGGGGAAGAUGUAUGCUCAGAGGCUCAGCGAUGCUGGAUGGAGAAUCCACGGCUGCGACAGGGAUGAAAACUACGAAAGCUUGAAGGAAGAGUUCGCUAGUAGGAGCAAUGUUCAAAUUUUCCGGAAUGGCCACUUUGUGUCUCGAUCGAGCGACUGGAUCAUGUACAGUGUAGAAGCUGCCAACAUAGAUAAGAUUGCGGCGUUGUACGCACCUUCAACCAAAAUGGGUGCCAUCGUUGGUGGCCAGACAUCGUGCAAGAAGCCUGAGAUCGAUGCACUGGAGAAAUAUCUACCUGAUGAUUGUGACAUUGUCUCUUGCCAUUCACUCCACGGACCAGGAACCGACACCAGGGAUCAGCCGUUGGUUCUGAUCAAACAUCGCGCCUCUGAUGAAUCGUUCCAGAAAGUCGAAGCGGUCCUGAGCUGCCUACAAAGUCGUCAUGUCUACCUUACAGCUCAAGAACACGACCAUAUCACCGCAGACACCCAAGCAGUGACCCAUGCGGCUUUCCUGUCAAUGGGCAAAGCUUGGAACAGUAUGAAGCAAUACCCCUGGGAGACAGCGCGCUACAUUGGCGGCAUCGAGAACGUCAAAAUCAACAUUAUGCUGCGUAUCUACAGCCAGAAAUGGCAUGUGUACGCAGGCCUCGCUAUCUUGAAUCCAGAAGCACGAAAGCAGAUCGAGCAGUAUGCCAAGAGCACUACCGAAUUAUACAAGCUUAUGCUCGAGAAUAAAGGUGACGAGCUCAAGGCCCGUGUCUAUGCUGCCAAGGACCGAGUGUUUGGUACCAGCGCUGGUGGGAGAUUCGAGAAAGACGGCCCGCUUCUUGACGAUGAGGUUUUAGACGAGUUCAGUCUCGGAAAAAAGCCCGAAUUGCUUUUACCGAACAAUCAUCUCUCGCUUCUAGCCAUGGUAGACUGUUGGUCUGCAUUGGGUAUCGUGCCCUAUGACCACAUGAUUUGCUCAACACCCAUUUUCAGGAUGUGGCUAGGUGUCACCGAGAACCUGUUUCGCAAUCAGGAGCGGCUGGACGAGGCCAUCCGUGUGGCUAUUGACGAUACAUCUUUCCGUAGCGAUGAUCUGGAGUUCACAUUUGCAGCGAGAGGUUGGGCUGAGUGCGUCUCCUUGGGUCACUUUGAGACGUGGAAGGAAAGGUUCAUGAUUACGCAGCGCUUCUUCGAACCCAGAUUCGCUGGUGCCAUUGAGGUGGGCAAUGAUAUGUUGAAGGUACUUGCGAGAAGACGUAGAGGUAGCCGAUAGAGCAUCGCGCAUCACUUCAAGGAUCAUGCUCAUGUAUUAGCUUCUCCAAGCAUCUGUUGUCUCAUUUCACAGACUCGGCCACAUGACCACGUUAGAGCUAGGGUCCAUGACAGAGCAGGCUGAAUAUAUUGACGUAGCAUUGAUGUAGCCCUUUGUCUUAAUUUAUAAAUAUUUAUCAACCAG